AUGAGCCAGAUCGAACGCAUCACAGAACGCCUGGAGAAGCCAGAGCUCGACGACCGUUUCUACAGGGUCAUUCGCCUCCCAAAUCAGCUAGAGGCUCUCCUAGUACAUGACCCUGAUACCGACAAGGCUAGUGCCGCCGUCAACGUCAAUGUCGGCAAUUUCUCAGAUCAAGAUGAUAUGCCGGGUAUGGCACAUGCUGUAGAGCAUUUGCUGUUCAUGGGAACCAAAAAGUACCCCAAGGAGAACGCCUAUAACCAGUACCUAGCCUCCCACUCCGGCUCUUCUAAUGCCUAUACCGCUGCCACCGAAACAAAUUACUUCUUCGAGGUCUCCGCCACAGGUGACUCCAGCGAGCCGAAAUCCAGCGGACAAAACACCCCAACAACCGAUUCUACAAAUGGGACUAAUGGUGUCGUCAGUGAUGCCUCCAGCAACACAACAGAGACGGAGGGUCGUUCCCCCUUGUACGGAGCACUGGAUCGAUUUGCCCAAUUUUUCGUUUCCCCGCUCUUCCUGGAGUCCACACUCGACCGUGAACUGCGGGCGGUGGAUUCGGAGAACAAGAAGAACCUGCAGAGUGAUCUGUGGCGGCUGAUGCAGCUGAACAAGUCUCUCUCGAACCCAAAACAUCCGUAUCACCAUUUCUCGACUGGAAACUUGCAGACCCUCAAGGAGGACCCGCAGAAACGCGGCCUGGAGGUGCGCAGCGAGUUCAUCCAGUUCUAUGAGAAGCACUACUCGGCCAAUCGCGCCAAGCUGGUGGUUCUGGGCCGGGAAUCCCUGGAUACACUGGAGCAGUGGGUUUCUGAGCUGUUCGCAGACGUCGAGAACAAGAACCUACCCCAGAACAGGUGGGAUGAUGUGCAGCCUUUCUCCGAGGCUGAUAUGUGUACCCAGGUGUUUGCAAAGCCCGUCAUGGACUCACGCUCAAUGGACCUGUAUUUCCCCUUCCUGGAUGAAGAGAAUAUGAACGACACCCAGCCUAGCCGAUAUAUCAGCCAUCUUAUUGGCCAUGAGGGUCCGGGCAGUGUUCUCUCGUAUCUUAAGGCCAAGGGCUGGGCGAAUGGCCUGUCUGCCGGCGCGAUGCCCAUCUGCCCUGGCUCGGCCUUCUUCACAAUCUCGGUGCGCCUAACGCCUGAGGGUCUGAGCAAGCACCAGGAAGUGGCGAAGGUCAUCUUCGAGUACAUUGCUCUGAUUAAGCAACGCGAACCGGAGCAAUGGAUCUUCGACGAGAUGAAGAAUCUCGCCGAAGUUGACUUCCGCUUCAAGCAGAAGACUCCCGCUAGCCGAUUCACCAGUCGUCUCAGUAGCGUGAUGCAAAAGUCGAUGCCUCGUGAGCACCUACUCAGCGGAUCACUGUUGCGUCAAUUCGACCCAGAACUCAUCAAGAAGGCCAUGUCUUACCUCCGGGCGGACAACUUCCGCCUCAUCAUUGUGUCCCAGGACUACCCGGGCCAGUGGGACCAGAAAGAGAAGUGGUACGGCACAGAGUACAAGGUCGAGAAGAUUCCACAGGACUUCCUGAGCGGGAUUCAGAAGGCACUAGAGUCCACUGAGGGUACUCGUACAUCCGACGUGCACAUGCCUCACAAGAACGAGUUUGUUCCGACGAGACUGUCCGUCGAGAAGAAGGAGGCUUCUGAGCCCGCCAAGACCCCCAAGCUGAUCCGUCACGAUGACCGAGUCCGUCUUUGGUUCAAGAAGGACGACCGCUUCUGGGUCCCCAAGGCGACUUUCCAUGUGACACUACGCAACCCUCUGGUUUGGGCUACCCCUGCGAACCUCAUCAAGACCAAGUUCUACUGCGAACUGGUGCGGGAUUCCCUUGACGAGUACUCGUACGAUGCCGAGUUGGCUGGUCUGGACUACCACCUGGCGGCGAACAUCCUUGGAUUGGAUAUCUCCGUGGGCGGCUAUAAUGACAAGAUGUCAGUUCUGCUGGAUAAGGUGUUGACCACUAUGCGCGGGUUGACCGUGGACCAAGACCGCUUCAACAUUAUCAAAGAACGUCUGACCCGCGCAUUCCGCAAUGCCGAGUACCAGCAGCCGUUCUACCAAGUUGGCGACUACACCCGCUACCUACUCUCCGAGCGCAGCUGGGUUAAUGAGCAGUACAUUGAGGAGCUGGAACACAUCACGGCCGCUGAUAUUACCAACUUCUACCCCCAGCUGCUCGAGCAGACUCACAUCGAGGCUUUGGCCCACGGUAACCUAUACAAGGAAGAUGCGCUGCGUAUGACGGAUUCGGUGGAGAAGAUUCUCCAGGGCCGUGCUCUGCCUCCUUCCCAGUGGUAUCUGCGCCGCAACAUGAUGAUCCCGCCCGGCAGCAACUAUGUCUACCCGCGGGCACUCAAGGACCCGGCCAACGUCAACCACUGCAUCGAGUAUUAUUUAUAUAUUGGACUCUUUUCCGAUGAUCUGCUGCGAUCUAAGCUACAGCUCUUCUCACAGCUGACUGAUGAGCCCGCAUUCGACCAGCUGCGCAGCAAGGAGCAGCUUGGAUACGUGGUGUGGAGCGGCUCCCGCUACAACGCAACCACCAUGGGCUACCGGGUCAUCAUCCAGAGUGAGCGCACCGCGCAAUACCUCGAGUCCCGCAUCGAAAACUUCCUGCGCGGCUUUGGACCCGUGCUGGAUGAGAUGUCCGACGAGGAAUUCGAGGGCCACAAGCGCAGUGUCAUUAACAAGCGCCUGGAGAAGCUCAAGAACCUGGGCUCUGAGACUGGUCGCUACUGGUCUCACGUUGGCUCGGAGUACUUUGACUUCCUGCAGCACGAGACUGACGCAGCGAACGUACAGACUCUGACCAAGGAGGACCUGCAAAGCUUCUUCAAGCAGUACAUCGACCCGGCCUCGACCACGCGUGCCAAGCUGGCGAUCCACCUGAAUGCGCAGUCUGGCGCCCAACCCGAAAAUAGCGCCACCGACAAGCGAAACCGCCUUGUCGAGACUGUCUAUAAGCAGCUUGAGACUUCUGGAUUUGCCGUGGACAACGCUCGCCUGGCAACGGCCUUUGACGAGAUUGACGUCGAAGUCGUGGACCUGGCACAGAUUGUAUUUAUCGUUAAGACUUUCCUGGCUACAGACUUGACACUAUCGCCAGCACAGAUUGCCCCUGUUACCGAGGCAUUGGAAAAGAACAUGGGUAUCCAGUUAAAGCAGCUUGGCCUGGAGGCUGGUAAAGACGAGAAGACUGUGGCCAGUGGUACCGACGUGCCCGCGAGUCCUCAGGACCCCGUCACGAUUACGGAUGUCACGACCUUCAAGGCCCGUCUGCCUGUUAGCACGGGUCCUGUUCCCAUCACGGAUCUCACCGAGUUUGAAGACUUUGACGCGAAGCUGUAA